ACAACGUUGUGCACAUGGGGCACAGUAGCUAGUCGGAGAUAGCAUUUUCCACCUUCCCGAUAUCUUAAUUUACAGCUUUGUUUGUUAUAUAUUAUAUUACAGAACAUCAGAAGUUAGUAUGGGUAAGAAGAAAGUAGGAGGAGCAGGAGCACUGGGUCGAACUCUGAUAAAGGAAAGGUUGAAUGCAGGCCGAGGAAAAAAGAGAGGCGACUCAUGGAUCCACACAAGUGAGCUGAAUGAUGGCUAUGACUGGGGUCGGCUGAACCUGCAGUCGGUGACAGAACAGAGUUCAAUGGAUGAUUUUCUGGCCACUGCAGAGUUGGCAGGAACGGAGUUUGUUGCAGAGAAACUCAACAUCAAGUUUGUGCCAGCGGAAGCAAGAGCAGGCUUAAUAACAUCUGAGGAGAGAAUUAGGCUGAAGCAGCUUCAUGAAGAAAACAAGCAUUUCCUCAGAAUUCCUCGACGCCCCCACUGGGAUGAAGACACCAGUGCUGAAGUACUUCAACAAGCGGAGAAAGACAGCUUCUUGGAGUGGAGACGAAAGCUUGCACAUCUCGAAGAGGAGCAGAAGCUAUUUCUCACCCCAUUUGAGAGGAACCUGGAGUUCUGGAGACAACUGUGGAGAGUGAUCGAGAGGAGUGACGUCGUUGUUCAGAUUGUUGAUGGCAGAAAUCCUUUGCUGUUCAGAAGUUCUGACUUGGAGUUGUAUGUAAAGGAAGUGUCAGAGCAUAAGGUGAACAUGGUGCUGGUGAAUAAGGCCGACCUGCUGACCAGACAGCAGAGGCGAGCCUGGGCCACAUACUUCCAGAAACAAGGGCUGAGGGCAGUGUUCUGGUCGGCCCUGGCUGAGAACGAGAGACUGGAGGCAGAGGAGAAGGGCCUUGAAGUGGAGGCUCUAGAGAUUGAAGAGAUUGAAGAGAGUGACGAAGAGGAAGACGGGCCAGACAAUGAAAACUUUACCCAGAAAGGGGCUGCGGGAGAGGAGGAGAUGAAGACAGCCGGUGAGGAGGAGGAGGAUGAUGAGGUAGAAGAGAGUGGUACAGAUGAAGAUCAGCGGGAAAAGAUAACUGUACAGGCGGAGGACUGGAACACCUGCUCAGAAGAUGAAGAAGAGGAAGACACUGCCGGUUCAUCCAGUAAAUCCGCCUUCCACAACUCAAGCCGCCUGCUGCAUAAGGACGAGCUGCUGGCCAUGUUUAAGUCUGUUCACAACGCAACCAGGUGCAGAGAAGGAGAACUGACAGUGGGACUGGUUGGAUAUCCGAAUGUGGGAAAGAGCUCCACAAUCAACACCAUCUUCAGGAACAAGAAGGUUUCCGUCUCAGCGACUCCUGGACACACGAAGCACUUUCAGACUCUGUUUGUGGAGCCGGGCCUGUGCCUCUGUGACUGCCCGGGUCUGACCCUGCCCUCCUUUGUUUCUACUAAAGCUGAGAUGAUCUGCUCUGGCAUCCUGCCCAUCGACCAGAUGAGAGAUCACGUCCCUGCAAUUUCACAUAUAUGUCAAGCAAUCCCUCGGCAUGUGUUAGAAGGAAUCUACGGCUUCAACAUCAUCCGACCGCGAGAGGACGAAGACCCCGACCGGUUCCCCUCCUCUGAGGAGCUGCUCAUGGCUUAUGGAUACAUGAGAGGCUUCAUGACGGCGCAUGGACAGCCUGAUCAGUCCAGAUCAGCCCGGUACAUCCUGAAGGAUUUUGUCAACGGAAAGCUUCGGUACUGCCAUCCUCCUCCACACAUUAAUCCUGAAGACUUCCAGCCGCAGCACAGCGAGUUCCUGAAAACAGACGUAGACUUCAGUGAAUUCUCCUCCACAUCAACGAGCCACAACAAAGUCAGGAGGAUUGAAAAUGUGGUUGACAAAAACUUCUUCCAUCAGGCAAAUGUGCGGGCGCUCUCUAAGGGGGUUCAGUCUGUAAUGGGCUACAAGCCCGGCUGCGGACCUGUCCCUGCGCCAAAACCUGGAACCGAUGUGAGGGAGGGAAAACCCUGGAAAAAACACGGCAAUAGGAACAAGAAGGAGAAAGUACGGCGUCUUAACAGGCAUCUCGAGGCCUGACCACUUUUAAUUACAGAUCAUUUCAUUGGGAAUGUAAAAACCCUUAACUGCAGUUCACAUGAUGUGAUUCCAAAGGAAUUAAUGCUGAGCAGUAUCUGACGGUAGAUGAAGGCCCUUUAAUUCUUUGAGUAUGGAAAUGUAAGACAGUCUAUGUUAACUACUGAGAUGCAUAAUCUGUUAAGAACAUAUUGGUGAAAUGCAUUCCAUCAUAUGAACCAGUAGUUGUUUAACAGAUCUCACCACAGUGUUUGGAAAGGGACUCAACAUCACUUAAAUUGGGAUUUUACAAGAGAUUGAACCAGAUUUUUGUAUUUCGAAGACAUUUCAGAAACACUCAUCACAAAGUCUUUAUUACCCAAGUAAAUGAUUGUAUAUCUGAUACUGCAUUUAUCCAUAUACAGUUGUGAUAAAUGUAACUCAAAUAGUAAACCAAAUAAAUCAAAUUGUUCAUGUUUCAA